GCCCGGCCCCCUCGGCGGCGCCGCCAGACGGCGGCGGGCCGGGCCGAGCCCAGCUGAGCCCAGCCUAGCCGAGCCGAGCCCAGGAGCUGCCGGGAAGCCCAUCCCGCCCCGCUCCGCCCCGGCAGCCGCGGCCAUGACCGACAACAUCCCGCUGCAGCCGGUCCGGCAGAAGAAGCGGAUGGACAGCAAGCACCGCAGCGGGUGUUGUGAGUGCUUAAGAUGCUGUGGGAGGAGAGACCCAAGGCCUCGUACCGUUUGGCUUGGCCAUCCAGAGAAGAGAGACCAGAGAUACCCUCGCAAUGUGAUCAACAAUCAGAAAUACAACUUUUUUACGUUUCUCCCUGGGGUGCUGUUUAACCAGUUCAAAUACUUCUUCAACCUUUAUUUCUUGCUUUUGGCCUGCUCUCAAUUUGUCGUUGAAAUGAGACUUGGCGCGCUUUACACGUACUGGGUUCCCCUGGGAUUUGUGCUUGCUGUUACCGUCAUCCGAGAGGCCACGGAGGAGAUCAGAUGUUACAUGCGCGACAAGGAAGUGAACUCGCAGAUCUACAGCAAGCUCACAGCCAGAGGGACUGUGAAGGUGAAGAGCUCUAAUAUACAAGUAGGCGACCUCAUCAUCGUUGAAAAGAACCAGCGGGUCCCUGCUGACAUGAUCUUCCUGAGGACGUCGGAGAAGAAUGGGUCUUGCUUCCUUCGCACUGACCAGCUGGAUGGUGAGACAGACUGGAAACUGCGGCUGCCUGUUACCUGUACUCAGAGACUGCCAACUGCUUCGGACCUACUGCAAAUUCGAUCCUAUGUAUAUGCAGAGGAACCCAAUAUUGAUAUACAUAAUUUCGUGGGGACCUUCACAAGGGAGGACAGUGACCCUCCAGUAAAUGAAAGUUUAAGCAUAGAAAACACCCUAUGGGCCAGCACAGUGAUUGCAUCGGGCACUGUUGUGGGAGUUGUCCUCUACACUGGAAGGGAACUGCGCAGUGUGAUGAAUACUUCGAACCCAAGAAGUAAGAUUGGUCUUUUUGAUUUGGAAGUGAACUGUCUUACCAAGAUCCUGUUUGGGGCUCUUGUGGUGGUCUCGCUUGUCAUGGUGGCCCUUCAGCACUUUGCUGGCCGCUGGUAUCUUCAGAUCAUAAGAUUUCUCCUUCUCUUCUCAAACAUCAUUCCCAUUAGUUUACGUGUGAACCUGGACAUGGGGAAAAUUGUCUACAGCUGGGUGAUCCGCAGAGAUUCCAAAAUCCCUGGGACUGUGGUUCGGUCCAGCACUAUUCCUGAGCAGCUGGGGAGGAUAUCCUAUUUGCUUACAGACAAAACAGGAACUCUUACGCAGAAUGAGAUGGUCUUCAAGCGACUUCACCUGGGAACGGUGGCUUACGGCCUGGACUCCAUGGAUGAAGUGCAGAGCCACAUAUUCAGUAUAUAUACACAGCAACCUCAGGACCCACCUGCUGUGAAGGGCCUUACCUUAGCCACCAAGGUGCGUAAAACCAUGAGCAGCCGAGUGCACGAGGCGGUGAAGGCAAUCGCGCUGUGCCACAACGUGACACCCGUGUACGAGUCCAACGGCGUGACGGACCAGGCUGAGGCCGAGAGACACUAUGAGGACUCCUGCAGGGUGUACCAGGCCUCCAGUCCUGAUGAGGUGGCCCUGGUUCAAUGGACGGAGAGCGUGGGUUUGACGCUGGUGGGCAGGGACCAGUCCUCCGUGCAGCUGAGGACACCGGGUGGCCACAUCCUGAACUUCACCAUCCUCCAGAUCUUCCCCUUCACCUACGAGAGCAAGCGCAUGGGGAUAAUUGUUCGGGAUGAAUCAACAGGAGAGAUCACCUUCUACAUGAAGGGGGCUGAUGUGGUGAUGGCUGGGAUCGUGCAGUACAACGACUGGCUGGAAGAGGAGUGUGGUAACAUGGCUCGGGAGGGCCUGAGGGUUCUCGUCGUAGCCAAGAAGUCUCUGACGGAAGAGCAGUAUCAAGACUUUGAAGCACGCUACGUGCAGGCGAAGCUGAGCGUGCACGACCGCUCCCUGAAGGUCGCCACAGUCAUUGAGAGCCUGGAGAUGGAGAUGGAGCUGCUGUGUCUCACCGGCGUGGAGGAUCAGCUGCAGGCGGAUGUCAGGCCCACUCUGGAGACGCUGAGAAAUGCUGGCAUUAAGGUGUGGAUGCUGACAGGGGAUAAGUUAGAGACAGCCACGUGUACAGCCAAGAACGCGCAUUUGGUGACACGGACACAGGACAUCCAUAUAUUCAGACUAGUGACUAACCGUGGAGAAGCCCACCUGGAGCUGAACGCCUUCCGACGGAAACACGACUGCGCUCUUGUUAUUUCUGGUGACUCGCUGGAGGUGUGUCUGAAAUACUAUGAGUAUGAGUUCAUGGAGCUGGCUUGCCAGUGCCCUGCCGUCGUGUGCUGCAGAUGCGCGCCGACGCAGAAGGCCCAGAUCGUGCGAUUGCUCCAGGAAAGGACCGGCAAACUCACCUGUGCAGUAGGUGAUGGAGGGAAUGAUGUUAGCAUGAUUCAGGAGGCCGACUGCGGUGUUGGAGUUGAAGGAAAGGAAGGAAAACAGGCAUCACUUGCAGCUGAUUUCUCUAUCACUCAGUUUAAACAUCUGGGUCGUUUAUUAAUGGUGCAUGGAAGGAACAGUUACAAACGAUCUGCAGCUCUCAGUCAGUUUGUAAUCCACAGGAGCUUGUGCAUCAGUACAAUGCAGGCUGUUUUCUCAUCAGUAUUUUACUUUGCUUCUGUUCCUCUCUACCAAGGCUUUCUCAUCAUUGGGUACUCCACAAUUUACACGAUGUUUCCCGUGUUUUCUCUAGUCCUGGACAAGGAUGUUAAAUCUGAAGUUGCAAUGCUGUACCCAGAGCUCUACAAAGAUCUUCUUAAGGGACGACCUUUAUCAUACAAAACAUUUUUAAUAUGGGUCUUAAUAAGCAUCUAUCAAGGUAGCAUCAUCAUGUAUGGAGCGCUCCUCCUCUUUGAGUCCGAAUUUGUCCACAUUGUGGCCAUUUCCUUCACGUCCUUGAUUCUCACCGAGUUACUGAUGGUGGCGUUGACGAUCCAGACAUGGCACUGGCUCAUGAUAGUGGCCGAGCUGCUUAGUCUCUCCUGUUACAUAGCUUCUCUGGUCUUCUUGCACGAGUUUAUCGAUGUUUACUUCAUUGCGACUUUGUCGUUCUUGUGGAAAGUCACCGUCAUCACUCUGGUGAGCUGCCUUCCCCUCUACGUCCUGAAGUACCUGAGACGGAGGUUUUCUCCCCCAAGCUAUUCGAAGCUCACAUCCUAGGGCUGCUCUCCUUGCACUCCAGAGACAAAUAUUGCACAUAGCUGAGAGACAAAAUCAUGUAGUUGUUACUAUAACGAAUACGUCCAAUAUUUGCAUAAGGAUCAUGUGGUAAUCUUUAUUACAUGCUGCUUUACUGAAAAAAGACUUCACAACUGCCGUGAACAGAAACCUAACGAUAAAAGGGAAUUUUUUUGAAGGUGGAGGCACUUGUUAGUUCAUCCAGUUCUUGUCACUUUAGUUCAACUUAACUGGGGUCAAAUGCGCAUGACUGCGAUGAUGAUGGGUUUCUCAUGCGAGGUCAAAAGUAUCCGAAAGCUGCUAACCGACCUUGGAAUUUGCAUUUGAUAAAUUUGAGUUACUUUUUAAGUAUCUGUGCUGUUCCUCGCAUUGUGUUAUGUUGUUUUAUUUAUCUUCUUGAUUCAAGUAGUUACAUUCUUUUUACAUCUUGGAAAUCCCUUAAUGUAGGUGAUGCACUAUACUGCUGACAGCUGACUCCUGAUUUAUGGCAUGCUGUUUCCAUAAUGGGGCUCCAGCAUGUCGGAUCUACACACACUUGAGAAUCUGAGCGUGUUCGAGGCUUCCCUUCAGUUGAAAUGUAGUCACCCUAGUGAUUUUGGAGGUAUCCAGCAAUUGAUAAAUACGGAGAAAUGUAGUCCAAAAUUAAGGAAUUCGGUUUUGUUUAGCUUUUGUGCUUCCUGUUAAAAGGAGCUGGUGACAUAAUAGCUUUACUCUGUAUUUAUUUGUAUAGGAAAAAAUUAUCUAAACUAAAGCAAAUCCUCUUUGGAAGAGAAAUUUGCAGUUGAUCAAACUUGAAAUGUGUCGACAACGUGAGAGGAGACUCGUACUGUUCUGCAGGCAGUGUGGCAGAUGUGUCUUGAAUCCUCGGAGACUACAAGGAAAGGUCACAGAGCUGCUACUCCUCACAGCUACACGAAAUCUGUUUCCUGUUAGGGUGAAGCUGCGAAGAUGAGCUGCAAAUAAGCUGAGGCACUCCUAGGUGGGUGUUGGUCGUGACACGCUCCCUGCAGAGAGGCAGUUUUUGGGAACCUUGCACUUGCUUUGCUCUAAAAACCAAACCUGGAUCGCAGAGGCAGGAGUGGGGUUCGUAUGAAGGCGUUAGGCUCGUGUGCAGAGCAAAUUGACUUACCGAUUUUUAAUGUUCAAAAAAUAAAACUCGUUGACUUCUGUUUUUUGUAAUAAGCAUUGGCCCACGGUAUGAUGCCGUGAGGAGAGAGCGCAACGCGUACUUAGGCUGCUCAGGAGAAUGACGGAGAGUUAUGGGAACCUUUUACCAUUGGGUCCGUGCAUCAAGCACGGACGAGCUCUUAGUGGCAGCCGUCCUCAUCUAAUGGUUGUUUAGUCUGUGCUAAAUUAGUUGCUUGCUGUCUCAUUCUCACAUCAUAAAAGCCACUGUCGGAGCUGGCACUGCUUGGUGCCGUUGUUGGUCGGCUGUGCGGAGGGGCCAGGAGCGGCAGAGCCUGAGCUCCCUUCUCCUCUCCGAGGCAGCCCUUCCAAGCCAGGGCAGCCGCGCUGGUGAGAGGAGCAGAAGCUCCCUGCUCGUCUCUGAACCUCUUUAGUGGAGUGCCAGCUUCUGUUGCCAUUGCUACAGGCAUUCCGCUGUCGCAAGCGGCACAAUGCUGCGUUAAAAGGCCUGGUGUUGAAAAUCAGUGGAAAAUGGGAGUGUUAUUUUAAAAGAGCUGGAGUCUGUGUUGACCCAUAGGGGUACGUCUUGAAUUUUCAGAUCUAAGACAGCCGUGGCUUGCGUGGUCGACGUGUGGUAGUUGCUCAGGGGAAUGCUUUGCACAGCCGACCUGCCCUCCUCGCUCGCAGUUCCCGUGGCUUGGGGUGAGUGGAAGGUGCAAGUCCGUAUGACCUUGUCGUUACCGCGCGUGGGGGAAGCCCUCCUGAUUUAGAAAAGUAUGUUUCGAAAUCCUGCAGGAAUAAGAACAGCAAAUGCUCUUUAAUCUAAUACAUUUUUUUUUUCUUUUGUGCCAGUCUUCUGACUACUCUUGUCUGGAGUCCUGAUAAAUAACAACCAGCUUUAGAAACAUCCUGCAGGCUAGGGAAAGGCAAUUCUUAGUGUUCACCUUUUCAUAAUACUUUGAAAAUUUGCCUUUCUUCCCUUCUCUUCUAAAUUUUUUUCCUAAAAAUAAUAAUAAUGUAUUUCUGCCUAUUUGACACGCACGUUCGUGUCGGGAAAGGCCCUAGAAGACCAACGCUUCUCAAUCGUUUGUCUCGUGGAGGGAAAGCGCUGCCCCAGCACCCAUUUGUGGGGGAGUUGGGGCUAACAGCCCGUUGUCAAUGAUGCCGCUUUGCCAAUAAGACACUUAACGUUGUCUUUAUCGUGGCGUGCUACAGCUCCUGGAUCGUGUCGGCCAUGCAGGUGUUCUGGAGUCCCCAGUCAGCCUUUGAUUUGAGUAGAUUUAAAUACAAGAAUCAAAACUUUCUUUUGGCAACUUGCCCGAGAAGUCGAGUCCCUCUUGUCCGCUGGCAAACGCGUCGCGGUGCACGGCUUUGUAAAGCCCUGUCCUUAUCUCGUGCGUAGCAGUAGUUAAGCGUCCUGCAAGAAUAACAGUGCCAUACUCUACUGUAUGUAAAUGUGAGACGGAUGUUUGGUAGAAUCCACUGUUUCCUGAAGUCAAUACAGUUUACACUGAGUGGACCAUAUUUGCAAAAUAUUAGCUUACACCAAGAAAGAGAGUGAGUUGUGCUUUCGGUUACAUUUAUUGAAUCAUAACUUUAAUAAGGAGUGCAUAUUUAGUGGUAUCGAUAGUAAUCUGUAGCUGUGUUUUGGGGUGCGAGUUAUAUUCCUUUGCAGCUAGUUUUUUUGCACAAGGUUGUAAAUCCAGGAAGUAAUUUCUGUCUGGGUAUACACGGCUUUUUUUUUUUUUUUUUAAAGCAAUCAGAAAAUUCAAACUGCCGUCGAACAGACAGCAGGAAAGAGGGACGAUUGUUGUAUUUUUCAAGUUCAGCACUUUAUGUCUGCAAACUGUUUUUCUUAAGUUAUUUUAAAAAUGUUUUUAAAAGCAAAGUUUAAUACAUAUGUUCGUACUUACUGUACAUUUGAAUAAAUGGAUUCUCUGCUGGAAACUUAAUUAAUCUUUUUCCUCUAGUACGCUCAUAAUUUGUGCUUUUUGAGAGCGAAGCAUUGUUUUCUUCUAUGUAGUAUCUUGUUCGUAGCCUUACUUGGAGUUCCUCCUCUUCCUUUUUUUGUUCUGGUUUAUGCACCGGAGCAGUGCGCAGAAGCUGCGCGCGGCGGGACGCUCCAGGCGAUGCGGCGGGGUAGCGGCGCGUGUCUCUGCUCUUGCUUCCUGUGGCUGCUUUCGGGAAGCCGACGCUCGGCGCUGUGCUGCUGCGGCGGUUGUUACGUGGAGGUUUUGUGACAUGCGCUGGUCUCUUCUUGCAUCUCUGCAGUAACUCCAGGUGUGUCGCAACCCUCUUCGUGUUUUUCCUGUUUAAGUUCCCUCCGUAGAGCUUGUCCUGUUUAUCUUUGCAAACGUUUGGGUUGCUCAGCCCAGCGCAAUCGAAACGCAACAUUCUUUAUUGAACAGCAGCAGCUCAAAUCUGUGCAAGGUCUUAUCAGAACUGGGCUGGGGAGCGACGGGUGGCAUCCCCGGUGUCUCCCUCGGUGUCGAGAACUACGUGCUGGGAGCUACAGCGGUGGCUGGACCAAACUGAGCAGCACCAAAGGCGUCGUUUUCCUGUGGUCUGCUGAACUAACAGAGCUAAACGCCGUGACAACCUCUCUCGUCCUCGGCAACUGCUGAGGGAAAAUCUGCGAUAGUUGAGCUGAGUUUGUCAGGGAGCCCCAGAGGGUUAGAUACGUGAAUGCCUAAAGCUUGUCUUUUGGCUUGACCUUUGGAAGAAAGCUGCUGCGCCGCCUGAUGCGUCAUAAAUCCGUGGCUUGCACAAGCAGCGCUCUAAAGCGGGCGCGCGAACGGCUGUCGCGGGCAGCUCCCCGUCACGGGGUCUGUGCCCGCAACUGUUCGGAUGGGGUUUGUCUCGGCUCCGCAGCUGCUGGUGCCAGCCCAGUGCCCGCUAAAAUCUUCAGCGUGAGCUGGACGGGCUCUUUUAUUUAUUAUUAGUUCUUUCGUAAUUAAUAAACGGUUUGGUCUGCAUGAAGUCCUGGGUUCUACAGCUUUGCCAAUAUGGUCCAUUACUACUGCCUACCACAACCUGUGUACUUAUAUGCCUUUGAGAACAUUUUUAAUUGUUAAAAUUGUUAAAAAAUAAAUGUGACGUUAAUUUAAUUUUUAAUUGGGGAAACGGAUUCCCGUGUCAAAAUAAUAUUUACUGUGAUGCUGAUGUUUUGUACCUGUCAUCUAGUUAAACAGCGUGUAAAUACUCUUGAUUCAAGAGAAAUACGAAUGCCGACUAUUUAUUGUUCUGUGGAGUUCUGUGUUGCAGAUGUGUAAAAACUUAAAAGGGAAUGUUGUAAAACAAGGUGGAAAAAUAAAUUUUAUGCAACUUC